UCAUUUCUUCUCUCUCAAGCUCCAUUGAAACAUUGCAACAACACAAUCAUUUCUAGAUUUUAGUGCUACCAUUUCUUCUUCUAUGGCGCUCGCUGUUACUUCCUCCUCUUCUUCUACCGCCGCGUCAACCUCCUUCUUCUCCCGAUUUGCUUCCUCCUCCGAUCCCAAAGCUCCUCAAAUUGGUUCCUUUAAGGUUCCAGAGAGACCAAAUGGUUCGUCUGGAGUUGUUAAUUUGACCCAAAGACGCUCCUUGGUGAGGCGCGUCAACGCCGAGCCUCAACGUAGGGAUUCCAUUGUUCCUCUUGCUGCGACUAUAGCAACUCCUGAGGUUAGUGAGAAGCAAGACGAGGAAGACUAUGAGCAAUUGGCGAGAGACCUUGAAAAUGCUUCUCCUCUUGAGAUAAUGGACAAAGCCCUUGAGAAAUUUGGCAACGACAUCGCUAUUGCCUUCAGUGGUGCUGAAGAUGUUGCUUUGAUUGAGUAUGCACAUUUGACUGGUCGGCCCUUCAGGGUAUUCAGUUUGGACACUGGGAGGUUGAAUCCAGAAACUUACAGACUUUUUGAUGAUGUUGAGAAGCGUUAUGGAAUUCACAUUGAAUACAUGUUCCCGGAUGCUGUUGAGGUUCAGGCCUUAGUAAGGACUAAGGGGCUCUUCUCGUUCUAUGAGGAUGGCCAUCAAGAGUGCUGUCGAGUGAGGAAGGUGAGACCUUUAAGGAGGGCUCUGAAAGGUCUCAAGGCGUGGAUAACUGGACAGAGAAAAGACCAGUCUCCUGGUACUAGGUCUGAGAUACCUGUUGUCCAGGUUGAUCCGGUUUUUGAAGGAAUGGAUGGUGGAAUUGGUAGCCUUGUAAAGUGGAACCCGGUUGCAAACGUGAAAGGCAACGACAUAUGGACCUUCCUUAGGACCAUGAAUGUGCCUGUUAAUGCAUUGCAUUCCCAAGGAUAUGUUUCAAUUGGUUGUGAGCCAUGCACAAGGCCAGUUUUACCUGGACAACAUGAAAGGGAGGGAAGAUGGUGGUGGGAGGAUGCCAAAGCUAAGGAGUGUGGUCUUCACAAGGGAAAUAUAAAACAAGAUGCGGCCCAGCUUAAUGGAAAUGGGGUUGCCCACGAGAACGGAACUGCCACAGUUGCCGACAUAUUUGACACCCAAAAUGUGGUUAGCUUGAGCAGGAGUGGAAUUGAAAACUUGGCAAAAUCAGAGGAACGAAAAGAACCCUGGGUUGUUGUUCUGUAUGCACCAUGGUGCCAAUUCUGUCAGGCUAUGGAGCAAUCAUAUGUUGAGUUGGCAGAUAAGCUAGCAGGGUCAGGAGUGAAGGUUGGAAAAUUCAGAGCGGAUGGUGAGCAGAAAGAAUAUGCGAAGAGUGAGCUUCAACUGGGAAGCUUUCCCACAAUACUCUUGUUCCCAAAACACUCUUCUCGGCCAAUCAAGUAUCCUUCCGAAAAGAGAGACGUUGAUUCUUUGAUGGCAUUCGUGAAUGCCCUCAGGUGAUGAUUAUCAACUGAAAUGAGUAUAUUGCUCGAUUCAUGAUCCGUCAAACCAUACCGUCAAUAAAUUUAUUCACAGAUUUUGGCAAUACGGUGGAAGAGUGAAAGUGGGAACUGUAGUUUUGGUAGCAAAACGAAUGUUCUCAUGGCCUUGGUAAUUGACUAAUCGGUAUCUAUGUAUACUAGUUUUAGGAAGAAACCUUCCUCAAAUUUGAAGUGUAUUGUUUGCUCGGCAAGGAGGGAUUGAUUUACUGUUUUAUCCA